AUGGAAGCCGCCGCCGCUGCCGCCGCCUGGGCUGUUGCCGUGGGCCUCGCCCUCAUCAACGUCACCUUUGCUUGGGUUUCCUCCUGGAUCCCGGUGUGGCUUGUGGUGGACUGUCUCGCCACGACUUGGGUCGUUUGUCACUCUCUUGUGACCAACUUCAUCCUUCCUGCUUCGCGGGAAAUGCCUAUCUGGACUGUCCGCCCUCUGCCCUCCGACCUCGUCACUGCCUGCGCCCUUCUGGGCAUUUACUUCUUCGUCGCCUUCCACACCUUCGGCUGCCUCGUGUCGGCCUGGCUGUAUUGCUCCCGGAUUAUGCGCCAUGGCUACCGGAUGCCGAAAGGCGCCCUCGUGCGCCAGAAAAGGGUGAUGCAAGCCCUGCCCGACGCCGCCGCCGCCCGCCACUGGUUCGACCUGGGGUUCCGACCCAACCUCUGCCGCCACUGCCUCCGGACCGCCGACCUGGAAGGUGGGGAGGGCCCUGGGUCGUUCCUGGAUCGGAUGUACCACGGCAAGACGAACAAGGGGGUGGACUUGGGGUGCAUUGCGUUCUUUGACCACUAUUGUUGGUGGCUGUGGGUACCCGUCUGCUUGCAGACGCAGAAGAGCUACUUGCUCUUUACGGUGUGGAUAUUGGUAUUUCACCUUUAUUCUCUGGGAGUUCUUUGCUGGCCCAUGGUCUCCUUUGGAACCAGGUGGCCGUAUCCUCCCGUUGUCGUGGCUGCUGGAUCUCUCCCCUUUGUUAUUCUGUGGGUGAAGAAGGCGCCAUUCCGGGGUCAAUGGGUUAACCAGGGACUUCGGAACCAGACGCACAAAGAGACGACGGCGUACAUCCGGAACCUCCCCCAGCAGGCUUGGCCGAUGGGGAUUGCCGGGCCUAACGGCCUGGAGCAUGUGACGGUUGGAUUUAACCCGUGGGAUCUCGGCGCAAUGGGAAACCUGCGCGCGGUGCUAGGCGACAACAUCUGGGAGUGGCCUUUCUUCUGGCGUACCCCUCGCCGGGUGCGGGAAUUCGGUGCUCACCCCGACUGGGAUCUCCCUUUCGGACCUCGGUGGGACCAAUUCAUGGAAGAUCGUGCUCUGGUUUUGCCGGAUGGUAUUAGCCUCGCUCCCCUCCCUCUCGCCCUCCGAAACGACAGUUCGCGGCGCCGACGCGGCUGGACGUCGGAGGAUUAG